UGCCCGCCGGCCCUCGCCGCUCCCCUCUAUGCGGCCGUAGGGAACGCGGCGCGGCACGGCUCACCAUGUCGAUGCUCCCGACUUUUGGCUUCACCCAAGAGCAAGUGGCCUGCGUCUGCGAGGUGCUCCAGCAAGGCGGCAACAUAGAGCGGCUGGGGCGGUUCCUCUGGUCCCUCCCUGCCUGCGAGCACCUCCACAAGAACGAGAGCGUCCUGAAGGCCAAGGCGGUGGUGGCCUUCCACCGGGGCAACUUCCGCGAGCUCUACAAGAUCCUGGAGAGCCACCAGUUCUCGGCGCACAACCACCCCAAGCUGCAGCAGCUCUGGCUGAAGGCGCACUACAUCGAGGCGGAGAAGCUGCGGGGGCGACCCCUAGGGGCGGUGGGCAAGUACCGGGUGCGCCGCAAGUUCCCGCUGCCCCGCUCCAUCUGGGACGGCGAGGAGACCAGCUACUGCUUCAAGGAGAAGAGCCGCAGCGUCCUCCGAGAGUGGUACGCCCACAACCCCUACCCGUCCCCCCGCGAGAAGAGGGAGCUGGCCGAGGCCACCGGUCUCACCACCACCCAGGUCAGCAACUGGUUCAAGAACCGCCGGCAGCGGGACCGCGCCGCCGAAGCCAAGGAAAGGGAAAACAACGAGAAUUCCAACUCCAACAGCCACAAUCCGCUCUCGGCGUCAAUGAACGGGAAUAAGACAGUUCUGGGGAGCUCAGAGGACGAGAAGACGCCGUCAGGGACCCCGGAUCACACCUCCUCCAGCCCCGCGCUGCUGCUCAGUUCCAACCCCGGGCUGCAGCCCCUUCACAGCCUGGGCCACCCCCAGGGCCCCAGCGCCAUCCCCGUGCCCAGCGCCGAUUCCAUGCACCACCACAGCUUGCAGGACUCCAUUCUCAACCCCAUGUCAUCUAACUUGGUCGAUCUGGGCUCUUAAAACCAUGUACACGCUCCCUCCUUCGCGCCAGACCUCCUUUACUCAAUUUUUUUUUUUUUUUCCCUUAAUCUUAUGAGGGACUUGGAAAGCAAUGACAAACACCUUAAUGGAUGUAUUGUGCCCUUUGGCAGCAGGCUGGCUGCAGGUUUGCAAGGCAGUGGACUCCGCUGCGGGUAGCUGAUGUUGCGAAAAGCCUUAAGGGUUGCUUACAGGCGUUUUCAGGCGAGUAAGGACUGUUAGACAGGAGCCGUGAUUUCCACGGCAGGCUGUAAGGCUGAUCGGUGCAGCAGCUCAUUUCAGCCUUAAUUUCACAAAUCCCUCAGUGGUGUCACUCGAUCGGGCCGGUCUGUGUGGGAAGAGGCACACUGUAAUAUUUUUAUUUUUUUCGGGGGGUGGGGAAGAAAGGGGAAUGCAAGGCUGCUCUUGCCUGUUUGAAAGUUACACAUCGCUCCCGUUAUUCUAUUGUAGUUAUGUAUCCGUGGCAGAUGUACGAUGUACAAUUUCAACUAAAAAUACAAAAGUUGUAGUCAAGAUAUAGCAGCAACAUGCGCUCUAGGCAGACUCUGUAACCUUCUUGUAGCUGAUGCUAUGCAGAGAGACAGCUUCUUUGGCCUUGUCCAUGUGGUGCUUUCGCCAUUUGCUGGGUGGGAAAGGAAGUGAUGGCCCGGCUCCGGCACGAAGGAAGGCAGAGGUAGAUUUUCCCUCGGUGUGCAAUGCGGGCUGGAGCGGGCUUUAAAAAGAAAACAGGAAUUGCUGCUCAAGUUUAGACCUAAACGACAGUAUCAACCGCAAGUCGCUCACCUUAGUUUUGUUUAUUGUUUAUAUUAUGUGAAUACAUUCUUUGGAAAAUAUUUCUGCUUUUAUUUUAUAAUAAAAUUUAGAAAUC